AUGAAAACCCCAAAAUGCGGUGAAAAUUCACAACCACAACCUUUCAGCGUGGUUCAUCCUCCACCUUUACUUGAUGCUGCACCAUCCUCAACUGCUGAAACUACAAAAGAAACACCUAAACCCUCGACUGAGCAUGCCGGUACCAAACGCCAAAUCCCCACUCCUAAAGGUGGUUCAUCUUCUAGGAUAGCCAAGCGUUCGAAGCAUGCUGAUCCUAACAGUGCUGAAGAAGUAUCAAAAGAGAUGUCAGUAGGGUUCGGGUUAGAUAAGUACUGUACUGUUAAGAAUGUGAAAAUAGAAUUUAAUAGUGCUAUAUUGGGGAAUGGAGAAAAAGGGGAACAGGGUGGAGAAGCAAGUAAGGGGGAACUAGGAGAACAAGAGGAAGCCUUGGAAGAUAAUGUUCAUCACAAUCUCUUCAGUGAUUCAAGUGAUGAAGAGAUUGUGAUAGCAAUGAGAAAACAGGCUAAGUCAAUUCAGAAGAAGAGUAGGAGGUUAGCUUCGAAACGCAAGGCUACUAUGGAAACUGAGGGACAAACCAUUAAUAACCAACCAAACUUUCACUGGGAUUCUUUUAAGGUUGCUAUCAGAGGUCGAUUCUUCCCUGAACAUAUUAGGAGACAAAAGUGCAGUGAAUUUAAUAGGUUGAACCAAGGGAAGUUUAUGAGUGUCAAGGAAUAUGCCCAAAAGUUUAAUGAGUAUGCUAAGUUUUGCCCUAACAUGGUCCCUGAUGAAGUUUCUAAGGCCCAAAAAUUUGAGGAUGGUUUAGCUUUCAUGAUACAAACUAAGUUAGGAGGAAGUACCUCAUCUACUCUUAUAGAGGCUUAUUCUAAGGCUUGUAAUAAGGAGAGGAUCUUACAAAGAGAAGAAGAUGCGUUGGGAAGGAACAAGAGGAAAGACCAAAGUAAUGCGGAUAAUCAAAGUAAUGAUAAAAGACCUCGUUUUGGUAACAAUGGGGGUAAUGGUUGGAACAAUCACCACGGAGGAGGACAUAACUAUAGGAACUACCAAAACCCUAGACAGAAUGAAAACCAACAAAGGAAUAGUAACCAGAGGCUUGGGUUUGCAAGAAAUGUGAGAAGAGUCAUUUGGGCUAUACGUGUCAAGGCAAACCAAUUAAAUGUUAUGCUUGUGGCAAAGCUGGACAUAAGGCUAAUUAUUGUCCCAAGAGGCAAGAGAGAGGGAAACCAACCAGGGCAGAAUAGACACAACAAGGGCUAUAAGAACAAUGGAGGAGGAUCUAGGAACCAUAACAUCAACAACAACCGCUCGAACAAUACUCAAGUAGGAAGUGGUUCAACAAAUGACAAGUACAACGCCAACAACAAUCAGAACAACAAUGGCAACAAUGGAAAUGGAGGACGCACUUUCAAUGGGAGACUCCACCUUAUGAGCAAGAGUGAAGUUGAGUCGGACGCCAACAUUGUGACGGGUACUUUUCUUGUAAACUUUAAACCUGCUUUUGUACUCUUUGAUUCUGGAGCUUCACAUUGCUUUUUAUCUAAAUCUUUUAUCGAAAAACAUUCCUUUAAGCCUUUUUCCUCAUGCCAAGCUAAGGUAACCACACCCUCAGGUGAAACCUUUCUCAGUAAGAGCCUUUACUUAGGUAUGCCUAUUUUUAUCUCUGAAAUCGAACCACCCGUGAACCUUAUCGAGUUUAAUUUUAAAGACUUCGAUUUGGUUUUGGGAAUGGAUUGGUUAAGGAAGUAUUAG